ACAUGAAACAUAUUAAUAGCGCAUGCAAAAAUCCAGAAUUAAUUAACAUUUAUACCAGAUAAGUGGGGUAAAUUAAAAUUAUUAAAUAUUGAACGGGAGUUCGAAUGAACAACGAAAUUACUAUGCAACCAAAACAAAUUUAUCAAGUUAUUGUACAUGAUAAUAACAAUAUUAGUGACGAUAAUAACAAUAAUAAUGAGGAUAACGAGGUUCAUUUAAAUUUGUUGAAAUGUUUCAAUGAUACUGUUGAAACAUUGAAUUUGUCAAACUGUGCACCUAAUGUGACAUUUCCAAAUAUCUCCAGGAGUGAUACAGGAAAUAGUGAUGACGUACUUGGUAAUCAAAAUGAAAAAAAAGAUAUUAACAACGAUUGUAUUAAUGACGAUAGUGAAAAUCGACGGGAACGUGAAAAGAAUUCAUUGUCAAGGGGUAAAGAAGAAAUUAAAAACUUUCUAAUAUCAUAUGAAUUUUGGAUUUUUAUUGUACCCAUUUUAAUAAUGGUAAUAUUCGUUAUAAUGAUAUCGGUAUGGUUUACACUUGCAUAUAACUCAAAUUCAUCAAAUACAGAUGGAAAUAAACAACCUGCAGGUAGUCAAAUAAUAUCGUACAGAAGAAACGAAACAAUCAAUAAAAUAUGCUUGGAGCCUAUUGACACAGGACCAUGCAGAGCAGAUUUCUUAAUGUUUGCUUUUAGUAAAGAACAAUGGAGAUGUGUUCCGUUUACUUAUGGUGGUUGUCAUGGUAACUCGAAUCGUUUUCUCACUUUGGAAGAAUGUGAAAUGACAUGUUAUUAAGUGAAUUAUUUCAACUCAUAAGAAAAUUUAAUUUGUUUUUCUACUUACUAUUACUACUAAUGAUGCAAAGUGUAGUGCUUAGUUUGCCAUUAUUUCUGAAUUUAUACAACUGAGAUGUUACUCUAGUCUAUUAAAACUGACUACGUUGUGAAACUCAUCGAUAUUGAAAUAAAACAAAGAAAAUAUCUUUCAAGUUACAAUUUUUGAGGUUUUUUCUAUGAUGAACCGAUAUUAAUUG